AUCAAAAAUAAAACUUUACUAAACCAUGGAAAUAAAGUUUCUUUUUAAAUUGCCCCUUUUGGAUUUUCAUAUUCCUGUCAUUUCUCUCCAAAUGAUCCAGAGUGAAAGUCUGGGACCCAUCUCUUUUAUUCUGCCUUCUUCUUACACCUCACCUUUAUACUUCUAGCCUAUCUCCACUAGACUCAUGUUGUCAGUCACCAAGACUCAGGAUUGUAUUCCCAUGUGCACCAUCCCAUUUCCUCUGAAUAUCUUAGCCUGCGGCUUCAGGUGUCUCACUGCUAAGUGAUUGCCAUUUGUCUCACUGCCUCCAAUCUCUGGAGGAGUUUCAAGCUGAUUUGCCUAGAGAGUCAGGUAAGUAAAGAGUGAAAUGAGCUGGAUGAGCACAGACCUCUUUAAAUUGUUCCAGUCAAUUGUUGCUUCAUCAGGGAUGACGGGGCAGUGUGGAGAGAAAUCCAACUUUCCAAGAAAAGCCAGAGAUUCCCAGAGUUCCCACAGUCCUUCUCACUUCCCUUGGAUUCCUAGAAUUGCAGGGACAAAAAGAAGGCUCUGUGCCUGGGAGAUAGGUUGUGCAAAGUACUGCGCUAGCCAAACUUCUUGAAGUGGUCCCUGAAGUGAUCCGCAAUGACUCCUUAUAGAUAGGUGCCUUGCGCCCUGGCUCAUCAUCCUAGCCAAGUGCCACCCCGAGGAGUGUCUAGUAAAACAAUUCUGUUGAACCAGGAUGAUGGUGACGAAUCAUCUAAUCUAGACCAGUUGAAACUGCACCAGUCACUUGCUCUGGACUUUGAACUUUAAAUAGUUAAUGGGUAGUGACAGAGCAAGUGUCACAGCAAUGAAAAGAAUUAGAAUAAGGGUCAGCAAAUAUCUGCUAAAGAGUGACAAAAUAGAACCAGAUCCUGGCUCAGAGCAGCAGUAGCAGCAGCAGCAGCAGCACCGUGACUGCCAAGGGUUUCUCUGACCAGAGUCUCUUCCUCUAGUCUACAGCAUGGGAAAUAUCUUUGCGAACCUCUUCAAGGGCCUUUUUGGCAAAAAAGAAAUGUGCAUUCUCAUGGUGGGCUUGGACGGUGUUGGGAAGACCACUAUCCUGUACAAACUGAAGUUGGGUGAGAUCUUGACCACCAUUCCCACGAUAGGUUUCAACGUGGAGACUGUGAAGUAUAAGAACAUCAGCUUUAUUGUGUGGGAUGCGAACAGCCAGGACAAGAUCCGGCCUCUGUGGCGCCACUGCUGCCCAAAUGGACAAGGGCUCAUCUUUGUGGUUGACAGCACUGACCAAGAACGCAUGGACGAGGCCAGAGAGGCGCUCAUGCAGAUGGUGGUGGAGUUCACUGAUAUUGUCCUGCUAGUGUUUGCAAACAAGCAGGACCUCUCCAAUGCCAUGAGCACAGCUGAGAUCACAGACAAGCUGGGCCUGAACUCUCUGCACCACAGGAACUGGUACCUUCAGGCCACCUCUGCCAUCACUGGGGCUGGCCUCUAUGAGGGACUGGACUGGCUGGCCAAUCAGUUCCAGAACCAGAACUGAGCCACACUCCUCUCUUCCCCCUCACUCCCUCCUUCACCCUGGCUUUCCUGUCCAUGUGGCAGAUGUAUCCCUGUGGUGUGAGUGCCAGAAGCUGUCCCCAUGGUUGCUCUCAGUGUGCUUCAUCAUGCUGUGCAUGUGCAGAUGCAGCCUACACCCGGGUUUUUAUCUAAAUAGUUCUUGUUUCCAAUGAGGCAGUUUCUGAUACUCCUAUGCAAUAUUACCCAUGCAAUAUUAUGCAAAGUAAGGCAGCCAAUGAGCCGAUCAAUGUUUCUCUCUCUCCCUCUGUCUCUCUCUGUCUCUCUCUCCCUCCCUC